AUGUCCACGAACCCUCAAGUGUAUGGUUGUGGCGCCGAACCCUCCACCGAAGAGCGCUACCUCAAGGCUCCUAUACUCACGCUUCUAGCAUCUCUCGAGGAUGAUGAACGUUCUAUUAUAUCCCUUCACGACGUCAUGGACGCCUACUACACAUUUUGUGGCAGGGUCAAGCGCAUCUCAGAUGUCCUUUCUCGCAGUCCCAGCAAUGUGGCAGCCUUACGAUUCGUGGAGCAACACUCGGUAUCUAUAGUCAAGUGUUUGAGAAGAGAUGUCCGACGAGCCCUCGUCGAACCGCUCUUGCCAGCAUCCCAAGACGUUUUUGCGGAUUAUCAUGUCCGGUUCGACAAGCCGAGAAGACGGGACGAAGACAUGAAGAUCGCAACGGACACGGUCUCCAUAUGUCUUACAGCACUCCGAACAGUAUCCUAUGUUCUGCGUGUACCGGCUUUGUCUCAAGUCUUCGCUGCCGAUGACCUCGUUCAGCUCGCUAACGAUGUACUGGAUAUCAUAGAAUUUCCACUUCUACCGAUACCGAGCGACAAGAAAGUUCGGACACUUGCCGUCUGGGUGCUGUCGAACGGUCACUUCCCGGUGGCCUCCGUAGCUUCGAGACGAACUCAAUUAAUGAGAAUCUUAAACGAGACAAUACUGUAUAGCGAAGACACUUUCGUUAUACCGAAUUAUCUCAGGGCUCUGGGAAGUCUAUUGCAUGCGCAUUCAUCCAUCUUUCUUGAGUCGUGCACCCUCAUAUUCCCUCCCGUCAUCAAGCGCCUCAGUUCCGACGUUGAUCAUAUCCGCACAGAAGCCGUCUACGCUCUGAGCGGCUUCGCGUUCGCGGUCGUGUCUCACGACCAAGACACGCGCAGGAUGUCGGUUGGGCCACUCAGGCGCCCACUUCAGAACUCUAUCGACGCGGCCGACGGCAAACAGGCGUCGCCCAGCUCCAAGACAAGGAAUCUCGUCACAACUGUCAUGGCCCUGCUCGGAUCGGGAGACAAGCCAGCACCCACUCAACACGUCGUACGAGCUCAAGUCAUAUUAGCAAGCGCUAUAGCCAUCUCGGGCGCCGAGAUCUUCACCCACAAAGCUAGCCUCAAGCUCGUUUUGAAGGUGUCGGCCGAGACAGCGCGCCACAAUCGACGGUCCGUGCGCAUUGUGCACGCGCUCGUCUGGCGGUGUCUCGUCUGGGCGUUCGCGGAGUUGCAGAGGGAAAGCGACGCCGGCAACACUCAGAAGCCUCUGCGCAAGAUCAGGAAUAGCGUCUUGGAGGUCAUCAAGCAGGAGCGGAGGGAUGGCAUCGGGGCGGCGCUGAUCAGCACGCUCCUGGGAUCCCCUCUGACGCACGGCGACCCCUUGGCGAAGCAGAAGAACGUCGGCGAGGCUAUCGCUGUGUUGCGAAGCAUGGCGGAGGACAGUGCCAAUGUGCGCGCUGAGGCACGGGCGAUCUUGUCGCGUCUGACGAGUGCGAUAGGAUCUGCGCCUACCCCGCCAUCGACCCCCGCCACAGAAGGCAGGUCUCUUGGGGAAGGCAUUAUCGUCAAGGAGUUGCUCGAUGGCACGAUUCAACGGAUGAGCGAGGAGCAACUGGCGAAGGCUCUCCCCGAGCUGACGCAGUUCAGUGUGGAGGGGAUCAGGCCGCUCAUGGAGGCGGAGAUCGUUGCAAGCUGGGAUAAGUUGGUCGAGAGCUGGAUGGCGCUGGUCAAGAAAGACGUCCUCGGUUCACAGGGCGUUUUCUCCGCUCCGCACGACCUUCUUGGUCCAUGGCAAGCUCUGCUUCUUGUCCUGGCGCAGUUAACACAAGAACAUCGACACCUCACCGCCUCCGCCGAAUGCGCUCACAAGGUGGCGAAUAUUUGCUGCGACAUACUCGCGUGGCAGGGCAAUCCUACCACGAAACCCAUCGACGAGACAGCUCUCCGAGUCAACCAACUCCGCUUCGUACUCAUGUUGUGGAAAGUGGCCCGGAACGUCUUUAACGCCUCCUGGCUUGCCAGCGCCGCCGAGCCGAUUCUUCGCGCGGUCCUUCAGCGCACGUACGAUCUUACCAAGAAAGAAAUUGCGGAUGCAUGGGCUGAGCUGUCUGGCGCCCUGGUUCUGUCGGGCUCGCACGAUCUGUUGCAUCGGCUGGCGGUGCACGACGAAGCGCGGCAGGAGAUGGAGCUCAAGCGGCACCUGUGGUCUGUGCUUGCGAAGUCGUGGUGUUUCUCGGAGGCAAAGCCGGACUGGAAGGUGACGGUCUCGCUGGUGACGCUUCCUAUAGGGGUAUUUGCUCUCUGCGAAGACGACGUGGGGCUUUGGGAAGAGCUCCUGCGUGCUACGAUUGCGUCUGCAGGCUCAGUUGAUACUCCUUCUGAUCGGGUCCUCGAGACGAUAGCUGCACGGUUUGACGAGCAGUCAGAAAGGUGCGUGCUUCUUCGCGAACGGGCGUGUCUCGUGUCGCUGACUUUCAGUAGCACUAGCCGUCAUUCCCGAUUAGUCAUUCCCCUCCUAACGCAUCUCAAGAUGGACCACGACGACAUGAUACCCAGAGACUUCCUGCAUCUAAUUGAUGUCUUCCUGUGCGAGCUGUACGCGUCAAAGCAGGAAGAGCUAUACCCAGCUCUACAAACGAUCCGCAUUCUGUCGACUUUAGUGCAAUCAUGCCCUCAACCUGCUAUUGUAUCGUUAGUAUCUGCCGUCUCCGAUGGCCUGUGUAUCUGGAUUCAUGAUGAAGAAGAGUUCGUACCUGGACAACAGUAUAAUGACGUAAUAAUGCCUCUGUAUCAAGCUACUCUAAACCGUCUUGCAGGCUAUUCAUUCACCGCCGAGUCCCUGGGCGCAAUCGCGCCAUUCCUCGCCUCUACUUUCAAGCGCAUCGUGCAUCCCGCACACGGACCUACCGCCUUCGCGGACUUCUGGAACAGCGUUCGCCACACCUUGACGCUGCAGUCUACAGCGAUCCACGAAGACUUGAAGCAAGCGCUGAAGAUUAACCACGACUAUUUUGGCGGUGAUUUGCCCUCGGAUGUCUCGUAUGACUCGCAGUCGCAGACACAAUCUCAGUCGCAAGAGGAGGUGUGUCCAAGGAUAUCUGUCAGAUCGCCGGUUUACUAA